AUGCGCAGGACUGCAGGGCGUUGCUGGGACCUUCACGUGUGGCUCUCCUGCAUGCGGUUGAGGGCCUAUGCUCGCAGCUGCGUGCGGCUGGGCUCGGGAAGGGUUCUAGCGAUGUCAGGCACGGUGGCUAUUUCCAGUGACUCCUGGCGGCGGCGGUCAGCGGCAGCCACCCCAAUAGCCACUGUUCCAAUAUCCUCACAUUGGCCCACAGAGGUGACUAUCGCCGAAGGUGUCCAGGCCAUCCUUUCUUCUGACUCAGUCAAGCAUCCGUGCGAGUUUCUGCAAUCCCGGGAGCUUCGACUCCCUAAGAUCGAGGACUUCUUUACUAAGCCCGCUGAGGGCUGUCAUGUGUUCUUUGUAGACCAGGUGUCCGUCGCUGAUGCACUUUGUUUUGUCUGUUUUGCAUAUUCUAUUCUGAAGAAGGUUCGGCUGAGCUCUAUUUCUCAAGGCAAACCUCCAGAGCCCGCUACCGUCAAUGUUAGGGGCAUUUUUCUAGUGCCGCAACCUACUCGCCAGCCCACCUUUCUCGCCGAUCUUUCAUCUUUCCAACCGGACUCUGUCCUGGUGCCGCCCUCAAUACCGAACUUUGAUGGUGCCACACAGGGAUCCAACCCAGCGAAGAGACCUUGCUCAAAAAGGCGAAAAAACAUGGAAGUGUCUACGAAGCUUAGAGCGGCUGAGAUCUUCUCGGGACCCAACGUGGCUGAGGUACCUCUGAGGCCAAAAGUGAUCAUUUCUUCUGAAGCUACUAUUCUUGAGAUACCUUCGAGGCUGGUGGUCUCCAAUGAUGUUGGUGUCCAAUCCACCUACCAUCUCUCUAUCUUCCCCGAGGGGGAAACAAACCGGUGGCGAGGGGCUCUCAGAGCCUAUCACGUGCGCUCGCAUACACUUCAGGUUUACCUUUUUUAUGGCCUUUUCUGGGCUAGGUCCUCUUUUACCAAAAAGUUUUUAAGCGACGGCCUUGCGACAGAGAACAAACAAUUGAAGGCCGAGCACAAAUAA